AUGUUUAUUUAAGUUCAUAUUUGUUCUAAAGAAAUUCUUUCUACAUUUCAAGACUGCCUUCGAAAAGCCGAAAAUAAAACACAAAAGUAAAAAACCUUUACGGAAAACUCAGCCAUGAAUUUUCUAUGAUGCUGAUGAUAUACUCUACUCAUACCAGCUUCCUUUCCCCGUUUGUUCGUGUGUUUCCUUGCUCUGAAUGCAUGCAUCUACAACAGAAGACGACUAUUAACAAGCUGUACUCGAUUUUUCUAUGAUGUGUUUUAAGAAAGCACAGCCAGCAUCCGAUCCGAUCCGUUCCGAACACUCGAAAGUCGAACGUCGAAAGCCAUCCACCGCCGCGAAUCUAUUUUCUAAGUUUAUUUAUACCCGAAAUUUAUGAAAUGUUUAGAUUUGAAUCCGAUUGUGGUGUUUGCAGAGAUGUAUCUUAAAACUAAGCGGAUCCGCGGGCGGGCAGGGAGUUCGGUUUGAGGAUUUGUUUUCUGGCACAAUGAUGUUGAAUUCUGUUGCUGAUACUGAUGCGAGUGAAUGAGAAGACGAUGAAUGCGAUGACGACGACGAGGAGGAAAACGAAGAAGUUGGUUUCUGUGUUUACGACGGCAAUGUGAUUUAAUUUUAGUUUUCGAAGUGAGAUGAGGAAACGCCAAGCAAAACACGAGCAACCGAAAGCCAGCCAACCAUCCACGCUUGUUGGCUAGUUCUACUCUCAUCAGUUGCUCGACGCUGUAUCUCCGAAUUGAUCUCGUUUCUCGUGUAUUUAUUCCGUUCUUUUUACUACUGUACCCAGAGAGCUCAGUAUUUGGAUAUAAAAUAAUAUCGUUUCAAUAUUGUUUCGCAGUUAAAUAUAAACCUUCAAAACGGCGGCGCAUAUAAAGCGAAUCAACAUGGAGAAAACUCCACGCUACACUCAACGUGAACGAAACAUGGUGCUUGGUUUUGCGGCUCAGUAUAAGGACGUUAUUGAAAAUAAACGAACUGAUGCUGAGUCGAAUCGCAAAAAGGACGAAGUGUGGCGAGUGAUAGCAAAAGAGUUCAACUGCAGAGUCUACCACCAACGAUCGGCCAAACAGUUACGACAGUUAUACAAAAAUAUGAAACUUCUGCUCAAGAAAGAUCUCUGCAAUGACAGCAAAAACGCAAAGUCAUUCAUGGACAUUUUAGAAGCACUAUCGCAACAGGAUUCCAUUAACCAGUACCUCUCGUCGACGGGAUCGCCGAGCGGUUACAAUGGUCGACAGCCCGCAAAAAUGGAACUAGAUGUUGACAAUAAGAUGAUGUCGGGGACAUUCGACAGUGAUGUGAUUGUCAUAAAAGCUGAAGAUAUCAGUGACAACGAUCAAUCGUCUUCAGUGCACAAUGGAGACAUGGAAGAUGAUGACGACGACGAUUGCCUUAGCACCAAAGACAUACCGGAAGUGUGUCUUGAGGAGGAGGAUGAGGAGCUCUUUAGUCGACCGCCUGCACAGUCCACGCCCGAUCUAGCGAUGCGAAACAAUAUUCGACAAACCAUAAACAACAACUAUUCCCGUGGCAAUACAAACGAACCUUCAAGCCCGACGAAUCGCACGCCCAGUGGUUCUGCAUCAAACAAAAAUGAGUUCCUCCUCAACCUCGCCAUCGAAGAGCGAAAGCGUAAGAUCGACCUGUUAAAUGCACAAAUCGAGUACUGGAAAACGCUAACCAGAAAGCUGGAAAUAACCGGCCACAGCAGUUGUCCCUGCCAUAUACCAAAGAUGAAUGGUCAUCAUGGCCAAAGCUAGUCAAACUCACACUCACAUCAAUCGGCUAUUUUAUCAAAGAGAACACUCACAUCACAAAAUGUGUGUUUUAGAUUAGUUUUUGUUCGUUCUAUUCGUAGGCACCGUGUCAAUGAUAAGUCGACUUCCUUAAUAUAUAUUUUGUUUUUAAUUUGUAGAGAUGUACAAAUGUUGUUCCUAAUCUAGUCUAGUAUUUUUUUAGACCCAGAAAUGAUACCAAAAAGAAACCAAACGGUGGUUAAUUUUUAGCCUAUUUUUGCCAUAAUAACUAAAAUUAAUUAAUUAGAUAUAAGUCUUAACAAAAAGUCAGCUAUUACAGAGUCGUAUUUUUUUUUAAAGGGCAGCACGGUGCAACUUUGUAUUGUUUUUUAGUUUAGUUUUUUUUUCUGUUUUUUAAUUUGUUCUUAUUCGUAUUGUCACAUUUUAUAAGUAUUUAUUAUUAUAUACAUACACAUACAGAUCUAUGUUAAUUUAAAUUUUUGUCAUAUUUAAUUUUAAAGAUGAAUAAGUAAACCUAAUAGAGUAAUAAUGAAAAGUAUAAUUGUAUAAAGUAAAAAAGAAAGAAAAUGCAUUCACAAUGCAUUUAUCAAAAAUUUACCAAAAAAAAAAAGAAAAAAACCAAAAGUAAUAUAUAAUGUAUGGAUUUUCCUAGUCAGUAAAUUAUUUUUUAGAGUAAAAAUAAAGGUGAAUAAUAAAAAAGA